AUGGAUUCAUGGGUAAUCAAAACAACCAAAAACUCGUCGCAAAAUACUACCGAAAAUAAUAAAAUGUCCGAAAGUACUUCAAAUAAUAAUAAAACACCAGAGAACACUUCAAUAAUUAAUAAAACAAAUAAUCAACCGAUUUUUCAAACACAUCAAAAAAAUCAAAUAAUUCUUCCGUCGUAUCCUAAUGUAGGUGGUAGAUCUUUUAGAAGUCAAUGGUUCAAAUUAUUUGAUUGGCUUGAAUAUUGUCCAGAAAAAAAUGUUGCAUUUUGCUAUCCAUGCAGAAUUUUUGGUAAUAAUGAGACUAAAGAAAUUGCAUUUUCUGUGACAGGAUAUUCUAACUGGAAAAUAGCUUUGGAAAAUAAUAAAGGGUUUUAUAAACAUCAAUCUUCUUCAUCGCACCGUAUUUGUAUAACAAAAUUGGUAGAUAAACAAAAACGUGUUGAAACGACUACAGAAAUUUCAACAUUGUUGAAUGAAAACGUUCUCGAAAAACAUAGAUAUUAUGUAAAAUCAAUUUUUGAAAUAAUCAUAUUUUUAGUCGUGAAUGAAUUACCACUUCGUGGGGAUUUUGAUUUAGAAAUGCACGAAGAUAAAGGUUUAUUUCAAUCACUUUUUCGGUACACUCUUAAAAAAGACACUAAACUUGCAGAAUGCGCUAAAUUAAUUCCUCAAAAUGCUACUUAUUUAUCCCCUUUCAUUCAAAAUGAAACUCUCAAUAUUAUGCAUAACGCUGUGCAAAAUAGUGUUGUAGAAGAUUUAAAAAAUGCAGAUGUCCCAUGGUAUACUAUAAUGGAGGAUGGAACUAAAGACAAUAAUAAUCGGGAAAAUAUUGCCAUAGCCAUACGAUACGUAAAAAAUGGAAAACCAAUUGAAUCUUUAUUAGCAAUUAAAAAUGCAACAAAUUUAAAUGCAGCUUAUUUUGUGCAAAUGACACUUGAUCUUUUAAAGUCAUUAAAUAUUAAUACUGAUUAUAUGCUCAGCCAAUGUUACGAUGGCGCUAGCGUGAUGAGUGGUACUAAAGGUGGUGUUCAGGCUUUAAUGCAAAAAAAGCUUAAUCGAACUAUUCCCUAUGUACAUUGUUAUAAUCAUCAAUUGCAUUUGGUUAUUGUCAAAGCAGUGUCGGAAGUGACCGAAAUUGGUCACUUUUUUGAUCAGUGUAGGCUCAUUCAUAAAGUAUUUAACACAUUUAAAAUAAACACAUUAUACGAAGGCAAUAAUACAGUUAGAUUGUUAGAACAACGUUGGUCUAGCCAUUUAAAAAUAUGUGAAAUUAUAUAUAAUAAUUAUGAUGAUAUGAUAAAUUGUCUAAAAAAAGUGCAUGGAAAAUCAUUUGAUGGCAAUGAAGUAGCUCAAUGUGCAGGACUCUCAUUAACAAUGAAAAAGAAAACAUUUAAAUUUGCAUUGUGUCUUAUGUUAAAAUGUUUAAGAUACAUCAAACCAGCCGAUAAAAUUUUGCAAUCAAGAGAAACUGGUUUAACCUUAGCAAUUCCAAUUAUUCAUAGCGUGAUUAAUAGUUUAAAACAAUCAAGAAAUGAAGAAGUGUUCAAUGCAAUUUUAAAAGACUGUGAAAAUUUAUUACCUGAAACCGAAACUGAAUCUCCAAAACGCAAGAGAAAGACUACUAUAAAAUUGAAUGAAUAUAUUUUAAGUGAAUCAUCUGGUACUUAUACAAAUUAUGUCAACGACGAUAUUAAUAUUUCAUUAUUAUCUACAUUUUAUGAAGUUAUUGAUAUAAUUAAAUCUGAGAUGGAAACUCGUUUUGAAAAAAAUGAUGAACUUAUUAAAGCUGUUUCUAACAUAUACGAAUUGAAUUACGAUGAUUUUAAAAUAUUUAAUGAUCUUAAAAUUAAUAUUCCUUCAAAAGAAGAAAUAAUUUGUGUAAAAAAUUAUUUAAAAGAAAAUAAUAUAUCUAAUAAGAACAUUUUUUUAGAGCUUUAUCAACAACGUAAAGCAUUUAAAGCUACAUAUGAAAUGAUAGCAGCAGUUGAAGUAUUUGGAUGUAGCUCAGCAGUUUGUGAAUCGACAUUUUCCUGCUUAAACAGAGAUGACAAUCCUCAAAGGCAAUCAAUGUCACAUAACCGGCUUUCCAACUUAACUUUAUUGGCAUUUGAGUCCAAACGGACAGAAAACUUAAACAUGGACCUAUUAUUAACGAACUUCAGCAAGCAGAAUAAUAGAAAAUUGAAGCUGUAUUAA